AAUAGUAAAGGAACCCUCAUGUCGUAAGAAUCAUACAAUAUUAUUCAAUUUUAUUAUUCAGAAUAAAACUGUAAACUUGUACCAAUAUAGAGUAGUAUAUAAUCAGGUUUUAUAAAGAGAAACCAUUUAGUUUAAAUUGAGUAUCGGUACGGUUAACAUUAAAAGGAAUAAAAUUAAGAAAGAAAAAAAAUAAAAAGAGAAGGAAAUUUUAUUGUGUUAUUUAAUUUAUUCUGUGAACAAUAUUAAUUAAAAAAACAAAAAAAUUAUUAAUUUAUAAAAAUUUUAUGUGUUUAAAAAUUAAAUAAAAAAAAAAGGAAUUUUAUAAAAAUAAUAUAUAAGAAAAAAAAAUCAAUUUUAUUCAAAAAAAAUAAAAUAAAAAUACUUUAUUAAAAAUGGAAUCAGAAAGUCAAAAAAAUAUUGUUAAUUCCAAUGCAAUGGAUACAUCAGAUUCAAUGAAUUUAUUACCACAUUUGGAAUCAUUAGAAAGAAUGAUGCAGUUACCUGUUGUUGGUGCUGCAUGGCAACAAAGUCAAAAUGUCUAUGAAACUGUAAAAUCACAUAAUCGUAUGUUGAACUGGGCAUUUCGUACUGCCGAAGAUGCUGUACAUCGUGCUAUAAAUACAGCUGCACCAAUUGCAGCACCAAUUGUAUCAAAAUUUGAUCGUCCAAUACAUUAUGUUGAUGAAACAUUAGUUAAAGGUAUCGAUAAAUUAGAAGUAUGUGCACCAAUUAUUAAAGAACAACCACAGGAAAUAUAUAAUCAAGCUAAAAAUAAAGUAAUUGAAGUUGUACAACCAAUAUGUGCUUUAAGAGUUGCUGGACAACAAAAAGCAGCAUCAUUAAAAGAUUUAUCAUGGCAAAAAGCUAAUGAAGUAUUAGCAACACAAUAUGGUAGUAUGGCUGUUAAUGGUGUUGAUAAUACAUCAGCAUUAGCUGAAAGAUUAUUAGAUUAUUAUUUUCCAAAAAUUGAAAAUGAAACAGAAGCAAGUGAUAAUGUUCCAAUAUCAGCAAAUGAUGAUCCAGUUUUACAUACAGUACAAACAGUUGGACGUUUAUCAAAUAAAGUUGCACGUCGUGUCUAUAGAACAGUUUCACGUCAAAUAAAAGAAUUAAAGAAAGAAGAUGUACAAGAAUAUGUAGCAUCAUUAAUUGCUGUAUUAAGACUGACACAAUAUUUAAAUUUUAUUAAUGAAAAAAUGAAUCAACAACAGCAACAACAACAACAACAGCAAUCAUCAUCAUCAUCUGGACCAACAAUUGCAUCAACACCAAUUAAUACAACAUCAAAUGUACAACAACAACAACAACAUCAAACAAAGAAAAAAAUGAAUUUGGAGAAGAAAUCGAGAGUAUAAAUUGAGUGUAUAAAAGCAAUAGAGAUUUGUAAAUACAACAAAUAUGAUUGAGAUACGUUUAGGAUUUAAAUUGAAUUGGAUGCUCGAAUACUCAAUAAUGUUACUCAAUAUCCAUUUCUAUCUUUCUCUAUCUCUCGCAAUAAAAAAAAGUACAAUGUAAUGAAAAUUUUCAUUGCAUAAACAACACAAAAACAAAAAUUGUUUACAAUUUGUGGAAAAUUUUUUUUUUCUCCAUUAUAGGUACUUUGUUCAUUUUGGAAAAUAAUACAUCACUCAUGCAUGCAUACA